GAUAGCAUUUACCCCUAAAUGUUAUAAAAUAAUAUCGCUGACGCAUAUUCACUGCAUCAGCGACCUAGUUAUUACUACACAUUUGUUUUAGCAUGAUUUGAUUGAGUCAGUCCGUUCUCGACAUUCUUUCCAUAUACAAUUUCAUAAUUUAAUUUCUAUUCUUUGUAUUUUGUUCUCAAAAUAAACAGUUUAAUUAUAAAUUUCUUUUUUUAAAAAGAGACAUUUUUCGGACCCCGUAACAGUGGUGUCAGAAGUGGGAUUGCUAGCGUGGAGCUCCCGGGAAAUCCUGUUCAAAGGUUAUAAUCUUGUCUCUAUCGACUCUUUCGGCUCUAUCGAUAUAUGCUCCGCUAGCAAUCCAUCGCGGGUGUUCCAAAAUAUUUGCUACGCAUCUUUCGGACUCCGUGGCAUAAUUGGCGUGGCGUAAUUAAAAUACUGAAGAACGAAGACUACACGGUCUUAUCGUCUCCAGUUUGGACAGUCCUGUAUCCUGUUGCGACAGUAAGCCUUACUUAACUAAGUGAGCCUGCCAAUAGACACACUAUUCGUCAAGCGAGCUACCUUCAGCGCGUUCCCGAAGAGUGGUGAUACGUGAUCCUCAUCGUCGUGACCUCAACAAGUUCCUGAUGAAAUCGUGUGUCCUGAUAGCGGCAUUAUUUGCCGCGACAGUGAACGGGAGCACGUAUAUAACGCAGAUAACCAGCAGUCCAGGAAUUUAUUUCGAUCAAUCUCUAGAUGUUAAGUUUAUCCACGAUAGUUGGAAUGUUGUAACGUACAUCGACUUGUCUCAUAUUCAACCUCAUUUAGAUAACGUAGAAUACCUAUUUGAAAGAAUUUCUAAAUAUUGUGUCUCUUCUCAGUCAUCAUCGAAAAUCCAAUCAGACUGUACUAACUCUCUUAAUUCUCUAGAGUCCCAACAUGCUAACAACGUAAAAAAGUUUUCUUCAAUAUCUUAUUUAGUACAAGUGCAACAAACAAAACGUUCUAAACGCGGAUUAGUUGAUUUAGGAGGCUCGAUAUUAAAAACUUUCUUCGGAACAUUAGAUGCUAGUGACGCAAUUAUAUACACCGACGCAAUAAAUCAAGUACAGUCGAGCGAAAAACAGUUAGCACAUCUUAUGCAAGAUAAUAUCCACGUCAUAAAAUCAACAGUAUCUACAUUCAAUAGUACAAUGUCAAAAAUAAAAGAAAACGAGAGUCGACUAAACCAUAACUUAAACAUCAUAGAAAAAGCCUUUGAAACUCUCACAAAUUCAAACGAUAAAUUAGAAAUGAAGUCUCAAUUAUCUCUGCUACUUCAUUCGCUAGAAGGUAUAAUAAUGUCUCUAUCUUUCGAUAUCGAUGACCUGAAUAACGCAAUAUUAUUUAGUAAAAUGAAUAUUUUGCACCCGACUGUACUCAGUCCACAGCGACUUUAUGAAGAACUUGAGCUAUAUAAAAACAAUAUACCUAAACAUUCCGAGUUGCCAGUAUCUUUGACUCUGCAAAACGUUCAUGAGCUAAUUAAUGUAUCUGAUAUCAUAUGUUAUCUCCAUGAUAAUAAGUUAAUUAUUGUAGUAAAAGUUCCUCUCGUUUUGCCUCAAACAUAUAAUUUAUUUCAUUCUAUCCCUUUACCUACCCCCUAUAACAGCCAGACUCCUGAUACUUAUGUUCUAAUUGCACCUAAUAAACCAUAUUUGGCAAUAACUGUAGAUAGAUUAUUUUACUCACAAUUUGAUGAUGUUAAAGAGUGUAAAGUGAUACAAAACCAGUGUUACGUAUGUGCGUUAAAAAACGUUUACUCGUCUAUAGCCAACCCAGUGUGUGAGACAGUACUGUUAACCGACGUAGUUCAAAAGUUACCCAAAUCGUGCCAAACAAAACUCUUACACGGCUCUAUAGACUUCUUCCAGAAGAUAACUAACGACAGGUGGAUCUUCGUGCAAUCAGAACCGGGUAAAGGACAUAUAACGUGUGAAAAGCCUUAUUCUAACGUAGACGAAAUCUUGUUCGGAACUGGUAUUUUACAUCUACCCAAAACAUGUCAAGCUUUUUAUAAAACUUUAUCUUUUAGUGCUACUGAUACAUUAACCUCUAACAUAUCUAUUUCUAUAUCUAGUUAUAAUAUUGUCAAUGACGACUGUUGCGUCUCUAAUAAGAUAAACACUUCUAUUUCUAAGCUACCGUUUGUAAAACUUAAUGAAGUAAAUAACCUUGAUUCUCUGCUACAAGCUAGUUUACAUCUAAAUGAAUUUGAGAAAGAACUGAAUAAAGUCCAACAACCCACUCAUUUAGAAAAGUAUAGCACUCAUUAUAUCUCACUGAUUUAUGUAAUUACAACUAUAAUAUUGUUAUACCUAUUAUAUAAAAGUAGAAAAUACAUAUGUUCUCAAAGCUCGGGUUGUUGCAUUAAUAUUUAUAACCAAUGUCAUAAUAAGAAAACCAAGAGAAGUGUUAAGUCAAUAAAAGAUAUUUCACCUAGACCUGAGUAUACCUCAGACUCAUCAGAUAAAGAAUCUGUGAGAUCUUUACCAAUACCUACAAAAAGGAAUAUCUUAGAUUAAGUAAAAAAAAAAAAAUACUUACUGAUAACACUUCAAUUAUAGUUACUACUGUUUUAUUAUAUUACUUACUUAAUAACUUUUAUCGAAUUUCUUAUGCAAAUUCUAAUCUUAGACUUCAUUAAGAGUGUAUUAAAACUCAUCCUAUACUUUAUCCUAUAUAUAUAUAUAAAAAAAAAAAAGCUUAUAUAAAGUUAUAAACCUUAUUAUUAAAUUAAUUGUAAUGUAAUAUUAAAUACUUAGAAUAAAUAUACUUAAGUAGACUUAAGUCUGUAUUUUGAAAGAAUGUCAUGAGCCUCUAAUUGUAAUCUCUCAUCCCUUCAGGUGAUGUUCGAUCUUAACGGGGGGGGUGUUACGAUAGCAUUUACCCCUAAAUGUUAUAAAAUAAUAUCGCUGACGCAUAUUCACUGCAUCAGCGACCUAGUUAUUACUACACAUUUGUUUUAGCAUGAUUUGAUUGAGUCAGUCCGUUCUCGACAUUCUUUCCAUAUACAAUUUCAUAAUUUAAUUUCUAUUCUUUGUAUUUUGUUCUCAAAAUAAACAGUUUAAU